CAGAGCAGGACAGAGUAUCCUAAUUUUAAAUCAUCAAGAAUAUGGAUUCGGAAGAUUGCAAACUUGUUCGGAAUAUCAUCAAAGUCUUUCAUUAUUGAAUGAUGGAAAUAAUAAUAUUGAAAAUAAUAUGGAAAUGUUGUUGAACAAGUUUAUUUCUAAUAGUAGUAUGGAAUUUACAUCAAGUAACAAUGCUAAAGAAAGGGAUGAAGUUGAAAUUUUGAGAGCACAAAUUAAAGAAGCCUUUGGUAAUCGUAGAGGUAUUGCAGUUAUUUUGAAUUAUUAUUAUAGAUUGAUUGAUUUAUUGAUGGAUUUGAAGGAAAUUGAACAAGCCAAGGUGGAAUUGCAAUAUUGUAUUGAUGUUACUGUUGACUUUUUAGGAGAAAAUCAUAUUAGCAUGUUUAAAUUGAGGGAAAAGUUGGCACUGAUACAUUUUUAUAAUAAUAAUAUGAUUGAAGCAUUGAAAGAGGUUCAUAACAUGUACUUUAUGGCCUAUAAUUUGGUUGAAGCUCAUGAUGAUCGAUUCCCUCUUGUGAAGGAUUGUAUUUAUUCUAUUAAUUAUGUUUCAUUCUAUAUUGAUUUCUUUUAUGGAGUUUUCAGUAAUUCAGAAAUGAAAAAUUCCCUAUUCAAACUCUAUACAAAUGGAACAGAAUUGAGUAGUCAAUUAACUUUAACCUCAUUGGCUUCUCAAUUUCCUGAAUGGAGAAGAUAUGAAAUGGCAGAAAGAUUUUUAUAUGACAAGUUGAAGAAGGAGGAAAAUGUUCUAGCCAAGCUCACACUCACAAGCUACAAAUCAGAUACAAAGGCAGAGAUUAGAAAACAAAAGGAUUCAAUCUUUGAAAUAAUUAAGAGAGUUGCACAAUUAUUUGAAUCUGAAAGAAGAAUCAAAUUAGCUAUCUUGCAAUAUGAAAAGGCUCUCACUAAAGCCAUUUCAUUCUACGGCAAAAAUUCAAUUCAAGUCGGAGAAGUUUUAUCACCUCUAUCCUCUCUCUGUAAUUUGGCCGAAAAGUAUGAACAAGGUUUAUCGUAUGCUAAAAGAGCUUGUGUCUUGCUGAAUGCCAUUCCAGACAAGCUUAACAAGAAAAAUCCAGAAUAUGAAGUGAAAUUGGCCAAGGCUCUGAUUACUAUUGGUGAAAUUCACUCCAAUGCUGCUAAAAACCUUCCACCAGACGAUAUUCAACCAUACAUUGAUGCAGAAAAGUACAUCUCAGCUGGUAUGAAUAUUGUAGAUAAGCAUUAUGGUAGAGACAAUCCAGUUUGGAUCUUGGCUGCCUACAGUUUGGCAAGUAAUUAUGAUUUACUUUGCUCAUGUUUGCAAGAACAAGCCAUGAAUGAUAAAGUUGGACAAAUGGGAACUGAAAAUAUCAAACAAGAACAACAAGAAUUGGACAAUAUUCAAAUUGAACUCUCUGAGGAAAAUCAAAAGAAAUUGGAUGAAUGGAGGGAAAAGGCCAAUAAUUUGUUUGAACUCAUUCGUGAAGUUAUAGAAAUGAGUCCAAGCAAGUAUUUGAUAAAUAUUCCUUUAACAAAGGGUUCAGUUGAAGUUGAAGAAAUUAUGGGAGAAGAUACCAGAAUGUUCAGACAAACAACACUCAACAGUUUCCCACCAAAUCCAACAACUAUCAAUGAAUUGUACCUUUCCAGCAGAGAAAUUCACUUGACAGGUUCAGUAGACUCAGGUAUUCAGCAUCUCCAAAAUGCAAUGAGACUUUUCGAACAACAAUAUGGAAAUGAAUAUCUAUUCGAAAGAGAAUUUGCCUCAACAGAAUUGGCAAAUCUUUUCAAUCAUAGUGGAAAUAUCGAUGAAGCCAUGUCAUUAUUGGAAGCAAGCUUACAAAGAGUUGAAAAGGCUCUCGGAAAUGAAUCUAAACUCUAUCAAGAAGUUUCUCACGCCUACAAGAAUAUUUCCUCACUCAAAGGACUUUCAAAAGAUGAAAAAGAAGAACGAUUCCAAAAACUCUUAGAAAAAUACGACAAGGAAAUGGAUCAAGCCAAACAUGAGGUUGCAAAAACCAAUCAACAAGUUUCACAAACCUUAAAACCAAGCUCCUCUUCUGGUAGCUCAAUUAUAACCAACAACAAAUCAAAGAAAAAGAAAAAGAAGUAAAUUCAUUACUAUUUUUCCAA